AUGGGAGUUUCAUCUAUUGCACAAAAAUGGCAAAUACAAAUUAUUCAUCGUAGUCUACUUGAUAUUAAAAACUCUCAUCCUAAUGUAACAGCUAUUGUAAAUGCUGCUAAUGUAUAUAUGAGAGGAGGCGGAGGUCUUGAUGGAGCAAUUCAUAAGGCAGCUGGUUCACAAUUAUUAUCUGAAUUAAAACAACUUGUACCAGAUAAAACUAAAACAGCACAAGUUAUUAUUACAAAAGGAUAUAACACCGGUUUUUCACAUCUUUUACAUGUUGCUGGUCCAGUUUAUUCGUCAUCAAAUCCUAAUGAAUCUCGACGACUACUUGAAUCAACAUAUACAAAUGUGAUACGAGAAGCUGAUAAAUUAGAAUCAAUUACUGAACUUGGUUUAGCAUCUAUUAGUACGGGUAUCUAUGGUUAUCCAUUGGAUGAUGCAGCACCAGUUGCUAUUUCCACAGUUGCUCGAGAAUUAUCAGAAGCACAAUAUUUAAAAACAGUUGUUUUUGCUAUGUUUGGAAAACAUGAAUUUGAUGUAUUUACAAAAGCAUAUGAACAAUGGAAACAAAAAUCUGAGAAAGAUUUGUAA